AUGUCGUACGCCAACCGAUUCCCAUCCUCCCAGCACACCCGUUAUCGCAGUAGCUGGGGACCGUCCUCGGUUUCUGUCUUCAAUCGUGCCGAUGUGCCGCGACCUUCGCCAGAGGAGGAAGAGUUCGAGUUCUAUCACGAGCGGCUACACUCGGCGCAGAGUCGUCAGCUGAUACCACUUCAGGAGGAUUUGGCUGAUUGGAUCAACAAGACGAUAAAUGUGGAUCAUAUAACGGGUGACAAUUUCUUUGACGUGCUUGAUAAUGGAGUGAUUGUGUGUCGACUAGCAAGAGUUAUCCAGGAAAAGGCAAGAUCUGCUAUUGAGGCGGGACGAGCGAAAGGACCGGCACCAGUGAUACGUGGUCGCUGCUGGGAGAAUGCGGCCCGUCGCAGCUUCUUUUCCCGCGACAACAUGGAGAAUUUCAUACAAUUCUGUCGGCGGUUGGGUGUCCACGAGAAUCUUCUCUUUGAAAGCGAUGAUCUCGUUUUGCAUGGUCAACCACGGAAUGUUGUGCUGUGUCUGUUGGAAGUCGCGAGACUGGCGGCUAGAUAUUCUCUGGAACCGCCUGGACUUGUGCAACUCGAGAGGGAAAUCGCAGCCGAACAAGAAAGGGAUCUUCACUGUUUGUCCGAUAGCGGUAUAUCACAUAGCAGCCUCGUCUCUUGGCAGUUCCAGUCACCAUCGCCGACCGCAACACCCAGAACACCGCCUGAGAAGAUCAAACAUAGCAGCUCGGCGUCUGAAGUCACAACGGGCACUCGAUGGUUGGACCCGGUAACCGGUGCUACACAUGAAUCUGAAAUGCGAAGAUCCGUUAGCGAUAACGGGCCGACUGGAAGUGAUGGGGUGCCCAGCGACACUACCGAGGAUGACUGGUCGCGCGGUAGCGUCGAAGAUCCUGACGAAGUGCCGUCACCGUCGAGCUCGCCAUCACCGUCGUCGGCCGAACCACCGGAACACACUGGGCCGAUAACAGAGCUCGAUCGCAAGGUGCGAAGAGCCACCGAGGCCGUCCAGAGACUCUGCCAGUGCCCGUCGAAUAAAUGCUCCAAGCUGAAGGUGCGCAAAGUCGGCGAAGGUCGCUACCAUAUCGCGGGACGUAACGUCUUUAUCAGACUUCUCAAGGGGAGACACAUGAUGGUGAGAGUGGGCGGCGGAUGGGACACACUGGAGCAUUUUCUGGCGAGGCACGAUCCCUGUCAGGUGAGGGUCCUCAACCGCGAGGGUACGCCGCCACCCGCUCGCGGCACCAAGCACGACAGCUUCUUGCACAUUCGCGCCAAGUAUCGUAGCCCGCCGUCGGAGGUGAGCCUCUCACGUCGGUCGCUAGCCUGAGAAGCACGUAGUGCCUAAUCAUGCGCCCACGAUCACGCGACGUGGGCCUCUUGGGCCCCACGUGGCGUAAAGCUGCACGCACGCUUGGCGCACGUGCGAAUUGAUAUAUCCCGGUACACCAGCAGUACCGCUAUCACAUCCCGCCGGGCACGUCGAUAGGACGUCCCGCGUCGACCUGUUACGCAUCAAGCAACGCGGUGAAACGACGCGUGGCGAUUCAGGUUGCCGUAAGGACGGCAAUACGCAUCUAUCGCACGAUUUUUCACUCACGAUACAUUCCUUCUUUUCCAACUAUGUUCGAUGAGUUGGCGAUUUCGAGGGAAGAGAGAGGCACCGCAGGAGCCGCCUUUAAGCGCCUUGCGAUCACUUAUGCACAUUCCGAUACUCAUACGCUAUUUACGAGUUCUCUCUACGACAAGAAAUCACCGGUACACGCACCGUCUAUAUAUACGCCGAUUCAAAGAUACCUCUUACCACUCUCGUACCUACUUGUAAAUCCCGAAUUGCGCGUACAAUUUGUUACGUGUAAGCACG